AUGUUCCACUUGUUGCUUAUUCUAGCUGUUGUUUAGGCAAGAAACAAAUCUUAAAAUGAUACCAUCAGAAUUCAAACUCCAGGUUGAUAUUGCUCUCUAUUCCCUUAGAAUAUGAAAAAAAUGUGAACAAUACAAAAAACAUUUUUUAUUCUUGUGUUAUCACAUCAUCAUCUUAUCUGACAUUUAAUGAUGAUGUUGUCAUGAACUCAUUGAAUUCGAUCAUAGAAGCAUAUUAAACAAUUGAAUCCCCUGAGGUUAGAUUUGAAACUCAAAGGAAAGCUAGUAAGAGAAUCCAAAUUGAUGCCACCUAAUAUUGCAUCCUUCGACAAACAGGUGAGACAGCUAAAUAGGUAUGUAGAUGAUUGAUUACAAUUUUAGAUGUAUGAUGAAAUCUAAGUAGGGCAAUUCAAUGUUACUUAAUAUUAUUAUUUGAUGAAUGACUUUGAUUUGUCAUAAUACUAAAAUCAGUCUGCUAAAAUUACCUUUGAUGAAGCUGAAGAAUCAGUUUGGAGAAUCAUGGAAGUAUUUCAUUGAUUCAUUUUAGGAUUUCUAAGCAAAAUCAAGGGAAAUGAUUGGAGAUGAUGAAUUUGAUGGAUUAAAUUAUUCCUAAUACCCUGAUUAUAUGGAGAAUCCAUAUGAAACAAAAGUUUUUGGUUAAUCAAUAGACAAAUAAUCAAAUUUUUCGAUUUUGAUUUUUGCUUCUGUGUUUAUAGCGUUUUUUGUGAUUAUGAUUUUAGGUACUAUGAUUAUCAUCAUUAGCUUAUAAUGCGUUGAAGGAUAGCCAUAAGAAAGUUGAAUAAAAGAAAGAAAAGAAAUCUAAAAAGCAGAAAUGA